GAAGAAAAAGAGGAAAAAAAAAAGUUAGAAAAAUUAUAAAAUUAAAGAAAAUAACAAGAGGAAGAAGAAGAAAAUAAACAAAAAAUAGAGAAAGAAAGCAAAAGAAAAGAACAAGAACAAGAACAAUAAAGAAAAUAAGAAGAAGAAGAAGAAGAAGAAGAAGAAGAAGAAAUUAAAAAUAAAUAACUAAAUUAUACAAAAAAUUCAAACUUAUAAAAAGGCAAAGAAGAAAAGCCUAAAAAGUCGAUUUCAUUUUCAAAAAACAUAAAUGAUAGGCUAAAAGAAAAGAAUAAAAAAUCGCCUUAAAAAGAUAGCAAUAAUUCAUCUAUAGACACUAAUGAAUAAUAACAAGAUCUAAAUUAAAAUCAACAAAAAAGCCAAAAACCUAAAAAAUCAAUUAAAUUUGCAGUAGAAAUCUUAGAAAAAGAAGAAGAUAAACAAAUAGAAGUUGAGAGAAAACCAAUAAUCAAUACACAAGAACCCGAAAAAAUUUAAAAAAAAUAUUUUAGGAAAAAACAAGAAAAAGUUGUAGAAACAUACUAUCCUGAUAUGAGUGAUUUUGAUAUGUACGAUAUCAUUAACGAAAAAGGAUACAAUAGUGACUCUGAAUUUGUCAAAUUGGACGCUUAAAAAAAAAAAAACUAACUAUCUGUAGGAUUUAAAGAUUUCGAAUUUCUAAAAAUGCUUGGAAAAGGAGCUUACGGGGGUGUUUAUUUAGUUAAAAAAGUUAGUAGCAAUGAUUUAUUUGCUAUGAAAGUUAUCGACUGUUCUGGGAAAUUAGAUUAAAAAUACAUUGAAACUUUAAAAUCAGAAAGAAAUGUUUUUGAAUUAAUUACAGGCGACUGGGUUGUUAAAGCUUUUUAUUCAUUUUCUCACGAAAAUUAUUUGUGUUUUGUAUAAGAAUAUAUGAUGGGAGGUGAUUUUAUGAAGAUAUUAAAUACAUAUACAGCUUUAGAUGAAUAAAUUGUGCGAAUAUAUAUGGCAUAACUAGUAUGUGCAAUAGAAUACUUACAUUCAUUAGAUAUAGUACAUAGAGAUUUAAAACCAGAUAAUAUGUUAAUUGAUUAUACAGGACAUUUAAAGUUAGCAGAUUUCGGACUUUCUGAAGUAGGAUUUAAUUAAAAGUUAAACUAACAUAUAAUUCAAAAAACUAAUAAUAAUGAUAAAAACAAUAAUAAUGUUACUUAAAUUAUUGAUUGUGAAGAAGAGAAAUUUGAAACUGAAAUUAAGUUUGAAGGAAAACAUAAAUAAUAAGAUAAUAACUAAAUUGAAUAAUAAUAAUAAAUAUAAUAAGCUAAAGUUGCUAGAAUCGUUGGUACUCCAGAUUAUAUAGCUCCAGAAGUAAUAAAUGGUUUAUCAAGUAAUAAUAAGUCACUUGAUUGGUGGAGUAUGGGUGUUAUUAUGUAUGAAUUUUUAGUUGGACUGCCACCUUUUAAUGCAGAUACAGUAGAAUAAAUAUUUGAUAAUAUAAAAAAUUUGAAUAUGGAAUGGCCAGAAAUAGGAGAUCCUGAAGAUGGUGAUAAAAUAUCACCCGAAGCAGCUGAUUUAAUAAAGAAAUUAUUAGAAACAGACUAUUUAAAAAGAUUAGGCGCAAAUGGAGCUAAAGAUGUCAAAGAGCAUCCGUUUUUUAAAGGUGUUGAAUGGACUAAAUUAAGAAGUAUGAAAGCUCCAAUUUAACCAAAAGGUAAAUAAGCUUAGGAGUUAAAGGAGAAAAGAGAAAAAGAAAAAGAAUAAAUGCAAUAAUUUGUGAAAACUUUGAAUACUAAUAAGUAAAACUUAAAUAAAUAAUCUGAUGUUAGUAAAAAACUUAAUGAUGAGUUGAAAAAUAUGGAAAGAUUAGAUUUAUUUAUUAACAUGAAUAUUGAAGAAGCUAAAUCAUUAAUGUAUUAUUUUAUUUUAUUUAUAUAUAUUUGUUAAAAAAAGGGAAUAAAAACAAAAUUAAGUUAAAAAGUUUAAAAACUAAUAGAUAAAUAUAAUAAUGCUUUAAAUUUUAUACAAAAUAAAGCUAAAAAUUAUAAUCCUUUAUAAAUUUUAGAUAGUUUCGAAUUUUGA